UAUUUCAUUUGUACCGAUCCAAAGAGCUCAUUUCAAUUUCACCCCAAUUCAGAUCGAGAUCCAGAGGAAAAAACCCUAAUUUUGUUUUCAGAUCCAAAAUGGACGCUCUCGAUACUGUUUUCGAUCCUCUUAGAGAUUUCGCCAAAGACAGCGUUAGGCUCGUCAAAAGGUGCCACAAGCCUGAUCGCAAAGAAUUUACCAAGGUUGCAACCCGUACGGCGAUCGGUUUUGUUGUGAUGGGAUUUGUUGGAUUUUUCGUCAAGUUGAUAUUCAUUCCAAUCAACAACAUCAUCGUUGGUGCUUCAUAAGUGGCAUCAUGAAGUAGAAGUACAACUGGAGAUGUAGAGCAAGAGAUAAAAAGUGGUGCAAAUUCUUAGUUUCAUAUUGUAAUCCGUAGCAGUUGGUAUACCAUGUAGUCUUAUUUCUGAACCGCCUAGUUAAUGUGGACUUUGUCAUCUGAGUUGUCCCCCUCAGCUCGCAUUCCCCCCUCACCCAAUCCGUUUUCAGAUUUUGUAAACUUUGCUGUUGAUGUCAAGACAUCCUUUUUUUAAUUAUACUUUUUUCA